CCGGAGGCGGCCCGGGCGGAGCGCGGAGGGCGCGUCGGAACCUGGCCGGGGCCCUCCACCCGCGCCGUGGUCCCGGUGGUUGCGCCCCGCGGCGAGCGGCGCCGACAACUUUGCGAUGGAGUUUGUGCGGGCGCUGUGGCUGGGCCUGGCGCUGGCGCUGGGGUCGGGGUCCGCGGGGGGCCACCCUCAGCCGUGCGGCGUCCUGGCGCGCCUCGGGGGCUCCGUGCGCCUGGGCGCCCUCCUGCCCCGCGCGCCUCUCGCCCGCGCCCGCGCCCGCGCCGCCCUGGCCCGGGCCGCCCUGGCGCCGCGGCUGCCGCACAACCUGAGCUUGGAGCUGGUGGUCGCCGCGCCCCCCGCCCGCGACCCCGCGUCGCUGACCCGCGGCCUGUGCCAGGCGCUGGUGCCUCCGGGCGUGGCGGCCCUGCUCGCCUUUCCCGAGGCUCGGCCCGAGCUGCUGCAGCUGCACUUCCUGGCGGCCGCCACCGAGACCCCCGUGCUCAGCCUGCUGCGGCGGGAGGCGCGCGCGCCCCUCGGAGCCCCGAACCCAUUCCACCUGCAGCUGCACUGGGCCAGCCCCCUGGAGACGCUGCUGGAUGUGCUGGUGGCGGUGCUGCAGGCGCACGCCUGGGAAGAUGUCAGCCUGGCCCUGUGCCGCACCCAGGACCCCGGCGGCCUGGUGGCCCUCUGGACAAGCCGGGCUGGCCGGCCCCCACAGCUGGUCCUGGACCUAAGCCGGCGGGACACGGGAGAUGCGGGACUGCGGGCACGCCUGGCCCCGAUGGCGGCGCCAGUGGGGGGUGGAGCACCGGUACCCGCGGCGGUCCUCCUCGGCUGUGACAUCGCCCGUGCCCGUCGGGUGCUAGAGGCUGUACCUCCCGGCCCCCACUGGCUGUUGGGGACACCACUGCCGCCCAAGGCCCUGCCCACCGUGGGGCUGCCACCAGGGCUGCUGGCGCUGGGCGAGGUGGCACGACCCCCGCUGGAGGCCGCCAUCCAUGACACUGUGCAACUGGUGGCCCGGGCGCUGGGCAGUGCGGCCCAGGUGCAGCCGAAGCGAGCCCUCCUCCCCGCCCCAGUCAACUGCGGGGACCUGCAGCCGGCCGGGCCCGAGUCCCCGGGGCGCUUCUUGGCACGGUUCCUGGCCAACACGUCCUUCCAGGGCCGCACGGGCCCCGUGUGGGUGACAGGCAGCUCCCAGGUACACAUGUCUCGGCACUUUAAGGUGUGGAGCCUUCGCCGGGACCCACGGGGCGCCCCGGCCUGGGCCACGGUGGGCAGCUGGCGGGACGGCCAGCUGGACUUGGAACCGGGAGGUGCCUCUGCACGGCCCCCGCCCCCACAGGGUGCGCAGGUCCGGCCCAAGCUGCGUGUGGUAACGCUGUUGGAACACCCAUUUGUGUUUGCCCGUGAUCCGGACGAAGACGGGCAGUGCCCAGCAGGGCAGCUGUGCCUGGACCCCGGCACCAACGACUCGGCCACCCUGGAUGCACUGUUCGCCGCGCUGGCCAACGGCUCAGUGCCCCGCGCCCUGUGCAAGUGCUGCUACGGCUACUGCAUUGACCUGCUGGAGCGGCUGGCGGAGGACACGCCUUUCGACUUCGAGCUGUACAUCGUAGGUGACGGCAAGUACGGCGCCCUGCGGGACGGCCGCUGGACCGGCCUGGUCGGGGACCUGCUGGCCGGCCGGGCCCACAUGGCGGUCACCAGCUUCAGUAUCAACUCCGCCCGCUCACAGGUGGUGGACUUCACCAGCCCCUUCUUCUCCACCAGCCUGGGCAUCAUGGUGCGGGCACGGGACACAGCCUCACCCAUCGGUGCCUUUAUGUGGCCCCUGCACUGGUCCAUGUGGCUGGGCGUCUUUGCGGCCCUGCACCUCACCGCGCUCUUCCUCACCGUGUGCGAGUGGUGCAGCCCCUACGGCCUCACGCCGCGUGGCCGCAACCGCAGCACCGUCUUCUCCUACUCCUCAGCCCUCAACCUGUGCUACGCCAUCCUCUUCAGACGCACCGUGUCCAGCAAGACGCCCAAGUGCCCCACGGGCCGCCUGCUCAUGAACCUCUGGGCCAUCUUCUGCCUGCUGGUGCUGUCCAGCUACACGGCCAACCUGGCUGCCGUCAUGGUCGGGGACAAGACCUUCGAGGAGCUGUCGGGGAUCCACGACCCCAAGCUGCACCACCCGGCGCAGGGCUUCCGCUUCGGCACCGUGUGGGAGAGCAGCGCCGAGGCGUACAUCAAGAAGAGCUUCCCCGACAUGCACGCGCACAUGCGGCGCCACAGCGCGCCCACCACGCCCCACGGCGUCGCCAUGCUCACGAGCGACCCCCCCAAGCUCAACGCCUUCAUCAUGGACAAGUCGCUCCUGGACUACGAGGUCUCCAUCGACGCCGACUGCAAACUGCUGACCGUGGGAAAGCCCUUCGCCAUUGAGGGCUAUGGGAUCGGACUGCCCCAGAACUCGCCGCUCACCUCCAACCUGUCCGAGUUCAUCAGCCGCUACAAGUCCUCCGGCUUCAUUGACCUGCUCCACGACAAGUGGUACAAGAUGGUGCCUUGCGGCAAGCGGGUCUUUGCGGUUACAGAGACCCUGCAGAUGAGCAUCUACCACUUCGCGGGCCUCUUCGUGUUGCUGUGCCUGGGCCUGGGCAGCGCUCUGCUCAGCUCGCUGGGCGAGCACGCCUUCUUCCGCCUGGCGCUGCCGCGCAUCCGCAAGGGGAGCAGGCUGCAGUACUGGCUGCAUACCAGCCAGGUGGGGACCGGGUGGGCGGCGGGCGGCCCCACCACCCCCGCCUCCUCGCCAACCGGGUCUGUCUGGGGUCUUAGAAAAUCCACCGCGCCCUCAACACGGAGCCACCAGAGGGGUCGAAGGAGGAGACGGCAGAGGCGGAGCCCAGGUAAGUGGUGGUCAGGCGGACCACGAUGCAGGACCACCCAGACCCACCACCCCACCAGCUCGCCCCGAAGCCGGCCGCGGGGUGCAGGAGGUUCCCGGAGGUUCCCCGCCCACCCCCGGAGGGCUGUGUGCACACCGUGGCUCCCUGGUUGUGCCUGUCGGCCAUCCUCUGCCGUCAGCGGCCUCUGCAGAGGCCCAGGGCGCGAGACGGCUGCCCCGGCGGACACUGACCAGGCCGGUUCCGUCCCCAGCGGCCCCGAGGUGGAGCAGCAGCAGCAGCAGGACCAGCCAACGGCUCCGGAGGGCUGGAAACGGGCGCGCCGGGCCGUGGACAAGGAGCGCCGCGUGCGCUUCCUGCUGGAGCCCGCCGUGGUUGGGGCACCCGAAGCGGACGCGGAGGCGGAGGCUGCGCCGCGAGAGGGCCCCGUCUGGCUGUGCUCCAACGGCCGCCCGCCCGCCACAAGGCCCACGGGGGCCCCCCAGCCCGGGGAGCUGCAGGAGCUGGAGCGCCGCAUCGAAGUCGCACGUGAGCGGCUCCGCCAGGCCCUGGUGCGGCGCGGCGAGCUCCUGGCACAGCUCGGGGACAGCGCACGUCACCGGCCUCGGCGCUUGCUUCAGGCCAGAGCGGCCCCCGCGGAGGCCCCACCACACUCUGGCCGACCGGGGAGCCAGGAAUGAGGCGGCAGCCGGGCCGUUUGGGCUCAACACACACACACACAGCGCAGUGAGCCGCUGUCAACAGACAGUUUAUUCUAUAUACAAACACAAUUUUGUACACUGCAAUUAAAUAGAAUGGAAUGAG